AUGGCAGAGUACUUCAAGAAUCCGCCACCAGGUCUCGAUUUGACCGAAUCACGUACCGCCACUGGAAAUAUUGUUGGAAUCGUGCUCUUUAUUUCAGCUUUUGUCUUUGUCAGCUUGAGACUCUUCACUCGCUUGCGUUUGAAACGCGAGCCGCUGGGACUGGACGACUAUCUCAUGUUCGUCGGUCUAGCGUUGAACGGUGCGAAUUUAGCGUUUGUGGUUGCUGGCGGGCGCUAUGGGCUUGGAAAGCACAUCUGGUCUUUGCAGCCUUUUCACAUGCGAAAAAUUUCUAUUAUCACAUUUAUAUACGUUUUUAUCUACACUUGGAGUGUCUGCAUUAUCAAGUUUUCUAUUCUUGCCCUCUACAGACGGAUUUUUGGACUCUCGUGGCUUGGCUAUUGUUGCUUCGGGCUUACGCUCCUUUACUUGAUUGUUAAUCAUGUGGUUCUCCCUCUUUAUACUCGCCCGCUAUCAUAUUACUGGGAACAAUGGUACGGCGCUCAAGGCGUGCUACUUGUCAACGAGGCGAAAUUUUAUCUCGGUAUGGGCAUAGUUAACCUAUUUGGAGAUAUAUGCAUGCUUGCUGUUCCCAUCUCGAGCGUGUUGAAGCUGCAGAUGGAGCGCACGCAGAAGGUUGCCAUCUGCUGCAUGUUUCUGCUCGGUAGCUUCGUAUGCUUCGCGUCCCUUUACCGCAUUAUUACCAUCUUGCGUCUCGUUAGCUCGCGAGAUAUCAGCUGGGCGAAAAGCGACGUCUUCCUCUGGUCCAGCGUCGAACCCUCUAUCGGCAUCAUUAGUGGCUGCUUACCCGUGCUCCGCCCGCUCAUGACGUACAUCCUUGAAUCCUGGUUCAGGUUCGUGCCGGAGGUCCGCACCAACUCUUCGAAGAAGAGCAAGAGCUCCCGCAACUUCACCCUGAACCCCCUCGAGACUAUCUCCAAGAAGCGCACGCGCAAGAUCAAGAAGCACGACCUUGAGAGCACAAACAUGACAAACUUCACGCAGAUCGACGAGGAGCUCGAGGUUGAUGCGCACGGCGCGGUGACGUACGUGGGCAAGGAGGAUAAGAAGAUAAAGGUCAGCGUCAGGAAGGGUCGCGAUGAGACGGGGACGUGGAGGCCAGACGACGAUGAGAUGUGUUUGACUAAAACGACUGCACACAGGAGUUUGAGCGGGGCAGGCAUGGAGGAUCGCUCGAAAGAGAUCCUGGAUCGGGACGGAAUCAGGAUGACGACGAAGUUUGAAUGGGACGAAGCGUCACGGCACAGGCAUUGA